AACCUCUUCUUUCUCCUCUCUUCUUCCUCUCCCUCCUCUCCUACCCAAUCGUCUCUCCCUUCUCCCCUCUCCCCCCAUCCCUGCUCUUCAACACCAUCAAGAUGUUCAAGAGCGGUCUCGCCCGGUCCCUCGGGAGGGCUGCUUUCGCUCGACCUUCCCUCGCUCGCCGCAGCCUUGUGCCCUCUUUGGGAGCCAGAUUCGCCAGCUCUUCCACCGCUGGUGUUGGCAAGAUCCACCAGGUCAUCGGUGCCGUCGUCGAUGUCAAAUUCGAUGGUGAAAAGCUCCCUGCCAUUCUGAACGCCGUUGAGACACAGAACGGUGGACAGAAGCUCGUCCUGGAGGUUGCUCAACAUCUGGGUGAGAAUGUCGUCCGCACAAUUGCUAUGGACGGUACCGAGGGUUUGACCCGUGGUGCUGUCUGCCACGACACUGGUGCCCCCAUCCAGGUCCCCGUCGGCCCUGGUACCCUUGGCCGUAUCCUUAACGUCACUGGUGACCCCAUUGACGAGCGUGGCCCUGUCAAGGCUACCAAGCUCGCACCUAUCCACGCCGACCCCCCUGCCUACGUCGACCAGUCCACCGAGGCCGAGAUUCUCGUCACCGGUAUCAAGGUCGUCGACCUGCUCGCCCCCUAUGCCCGUGGUGGUAAGAUCGGUCUCUUCGGUGGUGCCGGUGUCGGAAAGACUGUGUUCAUCCAAGAAUUGAUUAACAACGUUGCCAAGGCUCACGGUGGUUACUCUGUCUUCACUGGUGUCGGAGAGCGUACUCGUGAGGGUAACGAUCUUUACCACGAAAUGCAGGAGACCGGUGUCAUUCAGCUCGAUGGUGACUCCAAGGUCGCUCUGGUCUUCGGUCAGAUGAACGAGCCUCCGGGUGCUCGUGCCCGUGUCGCCCUUACUGGUCUGACCAUUGCCGAGUACUUCCGUGACGAGGAGGGUCAGGACGUGCUGCUCUUCAUUGACAACAUCUUCCGUUUCACCCAGGCCGGUUCUGAGGUGUCUGCCCUUCUGGGUCGUAUCCCCUCUGCCGUCGGUUACCAGCCCACUCUGGCCGUCGACAUGGGUGUCAUGCAGGAGCGUAUCACCACCACCACCAAGGGUUCUAUCACCUCCGUCCAGGCCGUCUACGUGCCCGCUGACGACUUGACUGACCCUGCCCCCGCUACCACCUUCGCUCACUUGGACGCCACCACUGUCUUGUCCCGUGGUAUCUCUGAGUUGGGUAUCUACCCUGCUGUCGACCCUCUUGAUUCUAAGUCUCGUAUGCUCGACCCCCGUAUCGUCGGUGAGGACCACUACCAGACUGCUACCAAGGUCCAGAUGAUGCUCCAGGAGUACAAGUCCCUCCAGGAUAUCAUUGCCAUUCUCGGUAUGGACGAACUGUCUGAGGCCGACAAGCUCACUGUCGAGCGCGCUCGUAAGCUCCAGCGUUUCCUGAGCCAGCCUUUCGCUGUUGCCCAGGUUUUCACUGGUAUUGAGGGCAAGCUGGUUGACCUUAAGGACACCAUCCGCAGCUUCAAGGCCAUCAUUAACGGAGAGGGUGAUGACCUUCCUGAGGCUGCUUUCUACAUGGUUGGUGAUUUCGAGUCUGCCCGUGCCAAGGGUGAGAAGAUCUUGGCUGAGCUUGGCAAGUCCUCGUAAAUGUAAUAUUGUUUGUGGUUUUCCAGCGUCGCCUUUUCCUUGAUUGAGACUAGGGCCUUUUUCAUCCCUUUUUUUCUUCUUAUGGUUUCCGUUUUCUUUUAAACGCAUGUACAGUAUACUACGUUAUAAAAGAAAAGGGAUUUGUGAAAGGAAAGGCUUCUUGUCCAUUGUAAGAGAAAGGGUGUCUGGGGAACUGGGCUCUGAUUCGGAAAAAGGGAGACAACAAAUACCUAGUUCUGCUAUACUAUUUUAUUUAUCUGUACGUAUUGUAAGUAUCUUGAAUGACAUCCAACCAGCGUCAAUACUUG